AUGCAAAAACCUUCAAAAGAUUCCACCAGUAAAUCUCCUUCCUCUCACCCUGAUCAGCCUCCUCCUCCUGUUACUGCUGAUCCCAUCCGAACUGUCGCCGGUGAUUUCACCGGCACCGAAGAAGGAGGAAGUAGGAUGGGAGGUGAUGCCAGCUCCGACGCGAGAAUAGCCCAGCAAGUGGUGGAUCCUACUCUUGGUGGUGAUGGAUCUCCGGCGGGCGCUGCUGCUGGGUCGUCUGAGGCGCUGGUUAGUGUGGAGGGUGGAGUGGCGGCGGCGGCGGAGAAACAGGGCAAGCAGAAGCGGAAGGCGUCUCAACUGUCAGAUCCUCCGCCGUGGCCACCGAAAUGCAACGAGUGCGGGAAAGAGUUUCCCAGUUGGAAAGCUGCGUUUGGGCACAUGAGGGCACACCCUGAUCGCGAUUAUCGAGGUUUCUUCAAACCUCCUACUUCAUCGUCAUCUUCGUCGCCAACAAGGCAACGCGUUCGUCUAGGAGACAAUAUCAAUAGAGGUGUGGAACAAGGUGGUGGGGAGAUCAAGCGAGCAUCAUCGGCGAGUGGUACCAGAGGGGUUGGAUUUGAUCUGAAUCAGCCGAUGAUGGAAGAAGUGGAGGAGGAGUCGAAUUCUGAGGCUGCAGAGAGAAGCGAAGCACAUGACUCUUCUUCUUCCGCCUUAGUUCUGAGAAAUGAAGAGCAAAAGAAAGUUGGCUUUGACCUUAACCAACUUCCUCCUUCUGAAGAAGAUGAUGAUCCACACAAGCCCUAA